GUUCACAUUAAGCCGUAAUUGAUUGUGAAUAUAUAGUGAAUAAAGAAGUGUUUGGUUUUGUGUUCAUAAUUGUCCACAAAAUCACUGAUCAAUUGCUUGUCUUUCACUGUUGUCUUCACGCAAAUCGCGAUAAAUCGGUGGAAAUGGCGGACAAAGAGUCAUCGGAGGAGAAGACAAUCGCUCAGGACUUAGUGGUCACCAAAUAUAAGAUGGCCGGAGAGAUGGUGAACCGCGUUUUGAAGCAAUUGAUAGAGAAAUGCAAAGCCGAGGAAAGUGUGCGAAAUCUGUGCGAAUUGGGAGACAAUGGUAUUAACGACGAGACGUCCAAAGUGUUUAAGAAGGAGAAGGACCUGAAGAAAGGCAUAGCGUUUCCCACUUGUGUUUCGGUGAACAACACUAUCUGUCACUUCUCUCCCCUCAAGAGUGAAGUGGAUUAUGUGCUCAAAGACGGCGAUGUCGUCAAACUUGAUUUGGGCGCACAUAUCGAUGGCUUCAUAGCAGUGGUGGCGCACACUCUGGUCGUCGGCGCCUCCAAUGAGGCCAAAGUGGACGGACGUAAAGCCGAUGUCAUUCUUGCGGCACAUUUAGCCGCUGAGGCGGCCCUCAGACUCGUGAGACCCGGCUCUGAGAACAAUGCGGUGACCGAUGCCAUCCAGAAGGUGUCCGAAUCGUUCAAAUGUAAGCCCAUCUCCGGAAUGCUUUCCCAUCAGUUAAAGCAGUUCCGAAUCGAUGGCGAGAAGUCUAUUAUCCAAAACCCAACCGAAGCCCAGAAGAAAGACCACGAAAAGUGUGAGUUUGAAGUCAACGAAGUCUAUGCCAUCGAUGUGCUCAUCAGCACUGGAGAGGGAAAAGGUCGCGAAUUAGACUCGAAGACAACGGUGUAUAAGAAGACGGACGAAGUGUAUCAGCUGAAGAUGAAGGCCUCGCGAGCUUUCUAUAGUGAUGUGGACAAGAGGUUCGGUUCGAUGCCAUUCACUCUGAGAGCGUUCGAGGAGGAGAAGAAGGCCCGGAUGGGAGUCUUAGAGUGUGUGAAUCACAAGCUUUUAGAGCCCUUUACCGUUCUCUACGAAAAGGACACCGAAUUCGUGGCUCAGUUCAAGUUCACAGUACUUCUGAUGCCCUCCGGUUCCCACAAAAUAACGGGUCUCCCCAUCGAUACGUCUUUCCUGAAGAGUGAGUUCAACAUCGAAGACGAUUCAAUCAAAGCGCUCCUCAAUAGAGGUGUCGGACAUAAGGGCGGGAAGAAGAAGAAGAAGUCCACUCCAAAGACCACGACUGACACCACCGGAGAUAAAGUUGUCAACAAUGGCGUCAAUUCAGCCAAAAGUGAAGAUUAAGUUAAUUUUCUCGACAUUUUUAACUAUAAACCAAAUCAGAGUUAUAAUAAAAAUUUUAUGAAAAUUAAUUAAUUUUAAACGACGGACCACUCAUUCAUUCAGUUAUUCUUGACUCGAAUUCCUCGACUAAUGUUAUGAUAACUCCUAAAGACAUCAAUCGAUUAAUAAUAAAAGUAUUGGUUUUUGCAUUAAA